AAGGCUAAAGCCAGAGAGUGAUAAUAAAAGCGCGUGGAGAAGAAGCUAGUGGGGUCCUCAUCCAAGUGAUAACCGACCUCCAGAUGGCAGAAAGAUGAAAGACAAUCACUCUUUGAGUGCGCAGCUCAGCAUCGCGUUAUCACCUUUUUCUGCCUUUCUUUCUUCCUUUUACGACCCCGUCAAAAGUACCGAGCCCAGCCGCAAUGCCUCUGUCAACCUCCGUCGUUGUUCCACGCGCGGAGAGGGACGAUGAGCGACGCGCCACCUCGACCACCGAGCGAGAAAUCAACAGCUCCGAUAUGGAAAUCGACGACGACGAUGAAGAAGAAGAAGAAGAAAGGGAUUUGCAAGGGUCUUCGAAUCGAGACGAUGCUAGUAAUAUUCUGGAGUCCAAGGGGCAUAAUGGAUGCCUAGAAUCAGGUUCUUUUACUCCUGGAAAGUCUGAAACAAGGGUACCAUCUAAAAGCCUUGCCUUUUCUAUUCUUCUAAAUGAGCCAUUGGUGACUCAAAAGGAGGAUAUAUGUAUGAACUAUGAGGGUUCCAAGUAUCCAAUAUCUGGAAAACAGCCUGCAAAAGAAAAAGCAACUCAACAGUAUGUGGUUAGUGAAAAAGAUGCUCGAGUCAUCUUACAAACAAAAGCCCCUGAAAACCACUGUGAACAGCAAAGUAAUAGCAAGAGUCAUUCAGUUAUCAGUGAGAUACAUUCCAGUGUUGCUGGCAAAGAGGUAGUCAUUACAAUCCCAGUCAGAUAUCACUCAGGAGGAGUUAAUGAUGUUAAAGGUUUUAAGGAAAAGAGUAAGCAAAUGAACUUGCAAUCAGAGGAUGAUAAAAGGAAGAUUAAAUCAAGGUUUUACAGAUCCGCUGCUCCUCAGACUAGUACUGGAAGUCUGUCCCCUGGUGCUGAGUUGGACAGUGGGAGCAAACGCCCUGCAAUUAUCUGUGACUUUUUUGCUAGAGGGUGGUGUAUCAAAGGAAGUUCAUGUAGAUUUCUUCACAUAAAAGAUAGUGGGAAUAAUCCUAGACAACAGCCUGAGGUAGAUGUAGCUACAGCAGAUGUGAAAGGAGCUGUUCAGCUUGAUGAAGGUUUUGAUAAUGCUGCUGAAAGAUCAAGAUCACCUGGUUCUACUGAUACACUGCCUUCAUCAGUUGAAAAUAAGACUGCAUUGUCUUCUCAUUUCUUUUCAGAAAGAGUCCUGCCAUCUGGACAUGAUGAAAACCAACGGUUGCAUCCAUUUCAUGAAAUUAAUAAGUUCUCUUUACUCCAGAGUAAGGAUAAAUUAAUGGGCACUUCCCCUGCCUCUCAGCAAUUUUCUGCAUCCAUAGAUGAUUUGGGACCAUCUAAGGAUGUAAGACUAAAUAGUAUAGGUCAGAAUUUGCCUGCUGAUAGUUAUACCAAGCCUGCUUCACUGAGUGACAGAGGUAGUUCUACCUUGAGAAAUAGUUUUCUUCCUGAGUACAGAUCUUCAUUAAGUGGCUCAGUUACAUCAUUGGGCAAUACAUAUAGUGAAAAUCGAGCUUAUUGUGUCUCAACAUGGAUGGGAUCCUUUCCUUUUGGUUCUUCUUUGAGUGCAUGCUCUUUUGGUGCUCAAAAGGUGUCGGACAGUGACAGAGAGCAUGAUACUUCCAGACUGUCUUCUUUGCUGCAAAGCUCUUCUCCCUUCUCCAGGUCUGAACACGACAACUUUCAUCUGAAUGAUAUUGCCAGGGAUCCAUUGCACGUUGCUGAUUAUAGAAUAAAAAUUUCUUCAGAUGAUUGGGAACCAUCAGUACCUUUUCGACCAUCCUUUUUUGUCACUUCUAGCAUAUCACCCCCACGAGGCCAGUACAAUCCUCUUCGUGAUAGCAUUGAUAUGUCCAAUGCAGGAGAGAGGUCUCUUAAAUUUUCUUUCUCUAGUCAAGGUCCAUCCCUCCUGAAUGUAACAUAUCCACCAACAUAUGGUGAUUCUACAUCAACAGGGCCAGUGGUCCCUGAAUGUAAUGGUGAUAAAAAAAUUGCAUCUUGUCAUAAUAGAUACCCUGAAAGUUUGGUCGACAACAAUUACCACAACUCUGGAAAAGAUUCGCUCACAACUGAUGCAAAUGAUGGAACUUCUGCAGCUGACAUGCAAAAUGGAACACUGGUUAAAGAAGAGAUUUCCUCGGUUGCCUCUCAUGUCAAAGACAUUUCAAAGGCAAAUAAAAUUGAUACUGAUCUUGAUGGUAGACAUCAAAGAGAUGGGUCUAGAUGCAAAAAAGACUUAAAAGUAGGCAGGGGUAGAGAAAAGAAUGAAAUAGAUGUUGAGCAUAAGGCAGAUGGGGAUCCACACAAAGAGUCAAAAGCAAUGAAGCAUUUCCGUGCUGCUCUUGUAGAUUUAAUUAAAGAACUGUUGAAACCAACUUGGCGUGAGGGUCAUCUCAAUAGAGAUGCUCAUAACACAAUAGUCAAAAAAGCAGUUGACAAGGUUCUUGGCGCCAUACAGCCUCAUCAAAUUCCAAUCACCUUUGAAUCAGUUAAGCAGUAUCUUUCUUCAUCCCAACCAAAAAUAGCAAAGCUUGUUCAGGGAUAUGUUGAUAAAUACAGCAAAUCUUGAGAUGCUAGGCAGAAUGCUUAUGUAUUUGUACAUAAAUACGAUUUCUGUUUUUACUGAUGAUAUGUGCAUGUUGCUUCUCUACAUUGUUGCCACACUUGUAGAAGGAGAUCUAAAGAGAGAGGUACUCAUAUCAUAUUGCUUAAGGCUUACCUUUUCUUUAGUGAUUUAAUAUAGACAUCCCUAAGCAGUUGCUUUAAAUUUUUGCUCCUUCCCCUGAUGAUUUUGUUGUUAUAAGUUUGCCUAAAUAAUGUUGUGGCUUAAAUCACUAUAGGUACAACUAGAAUGGCUUCAAAAUUCAUGGGUCAGUUUUUAUGUGAUUAAAAGAAAAAAAUAAAACGACUUUUUGCUACUGAUUUAGAGAACGCUUUAUCCUGUAAUUUUUCCUUUUAUUAAGGUUUGAAUGAGAAUUGGAUUUGCAAAUAGACUAUUGUGUGAAGUAAUGUGUCAAGGUCUAUUAUAAGACUUUGUGUACAACUUAAUAUGCAUUCCAUUAAGGUGAAAGAUACCCUCUCAUAGGGAUAUCUGCUAAAUUUAGAAAACUAUGGUCAUUAACACCUGGAAACUCUUGGGAAAGCUAUCUCCAAAUCUUGCUUCUGACUGCCCCUGUGAUUUUCUUUAGAAUGCCGUAAUUUAUAUUGUCAAGUUGUUUAGGCUUGUAUAUUAAUGGAGUUGUUAGGUGAGAGAGACUGGUACUUUACUGAACUUAUGCGAAAAUGGUAAGUUAGGAAUACAGCUAUCUAGUGAUGCAGUGACCAUUUAGUUCCAUAACUACAUAGUAGAAUUUCAUUUGUUUUGAGAAAAGUAAAACCUCUGUAUGUAACUUUAUUCAAUUAUUCCAACUCUAAAAAUCUUGGUUGUUUCUGACAACUCUUUUAUCUCAGGUGGCAAAUUCAAUUUUGAAAAAUUUCAAAGGAAAGAAUAGACUUGCAUUAAUUUAACUUGGUACUUUCUCAUGGCACGGUAUGUGCUUUCAUUGUUGGCCUCACUGCAUGGCAUUCCCUGCAUGGGGAAACAAAUGAUUGGAAUAAUUUCUGGCCAAACCAAGAUCUUGAAGAAGUGCUUCCCUUUUUAACUUGAUUUAUCACUUUUCGGUUUGAUCUAUGAGAAUCUUUUGAAUGAUCGGCAUGGUUGCCAAUUGGCAUCUUGCUACUGCCACUAGAUGCUGGUCGUAACUGUUUGUUGCCUGGCUUGUUGGCUGCCUGAGAUUGUCCUGAUUUCAGUAAGAAUUCUAGUGGCGGGAGAUGACUAUCAGAGAUGGCCAUGUCAGGAUGGGAAUUUUUCUUCAAGUUGUGAGGACUUGUACCAGGUGUACCCGAAACAAACUCAAACUCUUGGUCAUCUUUGUUAUUCUGGUACGCUCUGUUGGGAGGAGACUUAGAUUGCUGAUCUUGAAUACAAAUGAGGCCAGAAAAGGAGAGAGAGUUAAGCGAACUGCUAUCAGCUGCAACAUCCAUGGAAAUCUUGUUUUGCAUGUGGGUUCCCAUUGAUUUUGUUGUGAAUACGGCUCAGGGUGUCUGAAGCUUAUAUACGCAGGUUCCAUGGGAUAUUUUGAUCAACCUGUUUGUUAUGAUCUGUUUGUUUUUACUUUAAUCUUUUGCUUGGUUUGACUGUUUUGAUAUCAACUAAUUGUAAAAUUCUGAUAUGUACUAAAUUUUUAUUUGCUAUAGGAUUAGCAGUUCUGAUGAAAGCAGACAAAGUGUGUAUUGUUUCAUCAGUUGAAACUUGAGGGAAUCUAUCGG